UGUUCACAUCGCUCCGUCUCGCUCGCACGCUUUUCGCUGUGCUGUGAAUUUCCUCUUCUUUUUUUUGUGCUAAACAAUUUAGUUUAAACAAAUUGCUGAAAAAAGGGCUUUAAUGGCGGUGUAAUCGAAUAGCUGAAGUAAACAAAGUGCGGCAUAAACAUUGGCGAUUCCAUAUUUGCAACAUGAGAGCGACCAAUCAGCGAGUGAGAAGCAGCAGCAGCAACAGCAACAACAACAUGGCGCACCUGCAACAAAAAAAAUCUUCAUGUUGACGUCAACAAAGUGAAAUCCGAUCGAAAGAAACGCACCGAUAAAGCGGCGAAAGAAGAGAGAGAGAGAGAGGGAGAUAGCAUAAACUACGGAUAGCUGGGUGAAGAGGAAACGCCAAGGAGGAGGAGCAACCCGAUCCCCACCAGGAUGUACUCCGAGUGGGCCUCGCUGUCCGCCCAAAUCUCGGCCAACAGCUGCGGCGCCCAGUGCUUCAGUGUCCUCAACAAGUUUCCCGCCUCCGCGGGACGCGAAGUGGUCGUCUCGGUGGUCAAGCAGCUGGGCACCAAUCUCGGCAUCACCCAGAACGCGGAGCCCAGCCACCUGGUCAAGGACGAGGAGGUGAAAUGGUGCAUGGACGUGAUCUGCUUUGGCCUUUCGCUGCCGCUGCAGGAGCACGAGACGAUCAAGGACUGCGUGAACGUCUACUGCGAGUGGCUGACGGCGCUGCAUCCGCAGCCGAGGAUCAGUGUGCCGAAGCCGAUCUGCGAGGAUGCCAAUCUGUAUGCCCGCCAGAUCAUCAAUCACUUCCACAACCUGUUUGUGCCGCGUCAGGGCGAAAUCUUGCCAUUUCUAUACCAAACCACGCUUGGUGCCGACACCAUUAAAAGGCAGGCGGUGCUCUGCCAUCGGGUGCUGCGAACCCUCCAGCAAACCGCCCAGAUAUCGCAGCUGAUGGACCGGCAGACGUGGGACACGCUGCUCCUCUUCCUGCUGGCCAUCAACGAGAUCCUGCUGGCCCCGCCCACCGUCAAGGACGAUGUGGGCGACCAGCUGUGCGAGCGGGUGCUCUCGGUGCUCUUCGAGGUCUGGCUGCUGGCCUGCGUGCGCAGCUUUCCCUCGCCCUCGAUGUGGAAGACGCUGCAGGAGUCGUGCGCCAUGUGGCGACACCGCGUGGCCCUCGUCGACCAGUGGAAUCGGGUGAAUCUCGCUUUGACCGCUCGCCUGCUGGAGUUCAGCUACGGUCCCGCCUUUCCCCAGCUCAAGAAUGCCGACGAGGAUGGCCAGCUGAUACCCGUGGGCAUGUCCAACGAUUGCGUGGCCCAGACCUGGUACCGCUUCCUGCGGAUGAUCGGCAAUCCCACGGCCCUCUGCUCGCCGCACAUCAUCAGCAAGUCAUCGCACUUUGUGCAGUGGGCCUUGACCCACGAGAAGGGCGCCGAGACGCAUCAGCAUCCCUGCCUGCAGCAGCUGCCGCAGAUCUUCCUCAAUGCCAUGAAAGGCAUCUCCAGUCAGGUGGACGCGUUUCUGGGCGUCUAUCAGCCGCCGCCGCAGCAAACGGAUGGUGUGGUGACGAAUCUGCUGGAAAUACGGCACUCGCUGAAUGAGGCCACCUCCUCGACCCUGCAGCAGUUCAUCCACUCGAGCAGCGCCACGAAUAUAGCGACUCAGCAGGCGAACCAUAGCCACCAUCACCACCACCAUCUCCACUAUCCUCAUCUGCAUUUACACGGUGCCGGCAGCUUUCUGCGCGACAAUUUCAUGAGCAACUCGGCCAGUUCGGCGCUCAAUGCCAUCAUGGGUCACCAUGGCGGUCAUCAUCAUCAGCAGAAUCAUCACCAGCAGCAGCAGCAGCAGCUCCAGAUCAGCGCCUCGCCCACCAGCAGUUUGGCGGCCGUGGGCAGCACGAGUGCCGGAGGCAGUCACUCCGCCGGAGUCGUGGGCAGCAUCUCCUUUGGCACCACCACCGCCGCCGGGGAAUCAUCCACCUCGGCCACGCCCACACCGCCCCUGCAGCGACGCCUGGCCAAGAGCUUCAGCGUGGCGCCGACCAUCACACAGCAGAAGGGCUUGAGCAAGACCUCGCUUAUUGGCCUCACCGGCGGCAGCGGCGGCGGUGCACGCAACGCGAUCAGCGGCAGCAGCAGCACCAACGCCUCCAGCACCACCACCGCCGCCAGCGGCACCAGCGGUGCCUCCUCCUCCGCCACCGCCUCCGCCUCCUCCCUGUCCACGGUCACCAUCGGUGGCUCUGGCGGAGCGGGAAUCUCCGCCGGCGGCCCGGGAAUCCCCGGCAGCACGGCAACGGGCGCGGGGGGCGGAUCCGCUCCAGCUCCGGCGCCCACAACGCCCACGUCCACGUCGGGUCCGCCGUCGGCGAGCAGCAGCAUCAACUCUCUGCCGCUGACUUCGAUGGGAGCGGGCGUUGAGCUGGCCGUGGCCAGGCCCAAGUGCAACAGCAUUCUCCACGUAUUCCACGAGUGGCUCUUCGAGGCGGCGCACAUCGGCGGCGACACUUGGCGCCAGAACCGCAAGAAGCAAGCAUGCGAGGCCAGUAAGCGACCGUCGUCGAUGAUAAUGGAGCACCGCAAGGGAUCGAUUUCGCUGUCGCAGCCGAACUCGCUGAACGAUCCGCAGUCGCUGCCGCCCACGCUGACCAUCGACAAGUACGAGUCCGGCCGGGCGGAGGCCAUUGGGACGCUGUGCAAGAUCUUCUGCGCGAAGAAGACGGGCGAGGAGAUCCUGCCCGUCUACCUGGCUCGCUUCUACAUGGCCCUGCAGCAGUGCCUAAAGAUCACGGAGUCGCGGGAGUGCGACGAGACGCUGGCCAGCAUUCUGCUCCACUCGAGCGACCUCUUUCGCCUGGACCUCGAUGGGAUCAAUGUGCUGCUGCCGGGCUUCAUUGCCGCUUUGGAGAUCGUGCUGCCCGACAAGGACCUCAAGCUGAAGACCCAGUCGAUGGUCUUCAAUCGCACCGAGCUGCGCCGCUCGGCCAUCAACAUCCUGCUGUCCAUCAUGGUGCUGCCGCUGCACUACCAAACGCUGCCUAUAAGGGAUCUCACCAGCGAGACGAGCGAGAAAAUGUUCACCUUCAUUCAGUUGAAGUCGCGGCUGAUGAACAUUCUGAUGAAUGCCCUGCAGGUGGAGACGGAUGCCCAGAACACGCACAUGCUCCUGGGCGGCCUGCUGCUCUGCGUCCAGGACGCCGUCACCUUCGAGGAGACGGAACUGGGCGGCAACGCCAGUCUUUCGCACAACUCCAGUGGCGUGCAGCACCACGAGGCCAAUCUGCUGAGUUCCGCCUGCUCGGAGCGUUCCGCUUCGCUGGUCAGCGCCGGCACGGCCAGCUUGGGCGGCCAGACGACGGCCACCAUGGGAGCGGGCUCGGGCUCCAUUCGCGACACCGCCUCCGCCCACGACUAUCCCAGCCUGACCAUUUCCGAUGACAUGUCAUUCGAGUUCGGCCAGGAGCUGGAGGGGGUGACCAGCUAUGAUAAUGCCCAUGCCUUAUUUGUGCGCGCCACGUACUUGGUGUGUCAUCGGCUGAUCUCGUCGUGGAAGACGGAUCUGAAUGUCUCGCUGGCCGCCUUGGAGUUGCUCUCUGGCCUGGCCAGGCUGCAUAUCCGGGAAACAGACGCUCUAGAGUGCAAGCGGGCCGUGAAGUGGAUCUGCGACUACAUCUGCUACCAGUGCUCCCGACCGCCGCCGGCGCACAGCAAGGAUCUGCACAGCACCAUUGUCGCGGCAUUCCAGUGCACCGCCGCCUGGCUGAUGCAGCAUCCCUAUCUCCUGCAGGACAAGGACUGCCUGCAGACGGUACUCGAGGUGGUGGAGCUGGGCAUUUCGGGCACCAAGAGCCAGAGCAAGGGCACCGAUAUACCCAAGUUCAAGGACGAGAAAGAACUGAAGCCCGCCUCGAUGCGGGUUCGCGAUGCGGCCGAGAAUCUGCUGACCAUCAUCCUCGAGCAGGUGGGCUACUUCCCCAGCGAGUGCGGACCCGAGUCGAUAUCCUCGCUGCUGGACGAACUGGCCCUGAUGAAGCACUGCAACUCGAUGGUGCCGGCGGCGGCGGCCAGCAGUGAGCAGGCCAUCGCCAAGUUCAAGUACUUCGUCACCGAGAACUCCACCAUACUGGCGCUGCUCGAGGAGCCGCUGGGCAAUGACCAGGAUCCCCAACCAACGGUGACAUUGCUCAUCCGCGGUCCCUUUGGCCGACAUGCCUGGACCAUGCAGCUGCGCCACCUGCCACGCAGCAAAUCGGGCAUCAAGUACCAUGCCAUCAAUCCGGGACGACCCAUACCCAUGAACGAUGUGACCCAACGGCCGGAUUGCGAGCAAAAGAACUUUCCCGACGGCGUGGACAAGGUGCAGCCCUGCGUGGCCGACUACUCCAUACCCACAAUCGAGCAGAUGCGCGAGCAAUACGGCACGGCGAGUAUCCGGGAGCUGGAGGCGAUGCUGGAGAACCAGAGCAUCCACGAGAAGCUGGCCUGGGCGGAGGCGGACACCAGUGCCGACAGCCUGUCGCAUGCCCAGGAAUGCGUGCCGCCUUCCGUUUGCCACGAGUUCCAUGCCGCUCGCCUCUUUCUCUCGCAUUUCGGAUUCCUCGGCUUUGAGACGCGGAAUCCACACAAUCCAAACGAGGCACUGGGCCAGCCGCCGCAGCGACCGCUCAUCGUGCUGGACACCAAGUCCACGGCCUUCGCCGCCGAUCUGGAUCGGCUGGACAAGCUGAGUGCGCGGACCCACGACACCGUCUAUGUGUUCUACGUGAAGAGCGGCCAAACGAGUGCCCAGCAGAUCAUCGCCAACAUGGCCGAGGAGCAGGCCGCCAGCCAUGAUCCGCACUUUGCCAGCAUGCUGCAGACGCUGGGCUGGCCGGUUCAGGUGGCGGAUCACUCCGGCUGGACGGGAUUCGCGCACAACUCGUGGUCGCUCAAGGGAACGCCCGAGCAGGAGCAGCAGCAGCAGCAGCAGCAGCCAGCUACCAACUACAAUGGCUCGCAGCGGGUGCUCUACUGGGCGGAUGUCUCCUCGGAGAUCGCCUUCGUGGUGCCCACGACGUGGAAUCUGCGCUACAACAGCGACACCAGCGAUGGUGGCAGCAUCUCGAGCACGGAUCAAAUCACCGCUGGUAAUGUGUGGGCACGCAGCGAUGCCGGAGAAAGUGGCCCAACCAAAUCCAAGUCAAGGAAUCUCAGCCUCGAACUGGACACGAAUCGGAUGACCAAGGAACCGGUGCCGCCGACGCGGCGAAAGGGCAACGUAACGAAGCCCACGCUGCUCGCCCAGGCGCCCGCAAAGAUCUUUCUGGUUUGGCUGGAGAGCUACGAGGAUUACCUGAACUUCCCGCUGGAGGAUGUGCUGGCCUACACGCGCACCGGCGAGGAGCUGCACACGCUGCAGCUGCCGCGCGCAAACGACUGCCACGUGAUCUUCGUGCACUCGCUGCUCUCCGGGCUGCUCCGAGUGAAGCUGCAGGGGCCGCCGGGCAGGAUGAGCUUCGCCACGCCGCUGGUCGAUGGCAUGGUGCUCAGCCGGCGGGUAGUCGGCAAUCUGGUGCGCCAGACGGCGCUCAACAUAUCACGUCGCCGGCGUCUGGACAAUGACAACUACCAACCGCCGCAUGUUAGACGACGCCUCAAGGUGCAGGACAUUGUCCAGAAGUACAAAAUGGAUCUGAGCGAGGCCGAGCUGCUGGCCCAUCUCUUCCAGCGUGCAAUUUAGCCGGCAAUCGAUAGUAUUAUUAACCCCCAGGAGGAGCAGUCGUACUGCAUUAACGUGUGCUUAACUAAAACCCCACAAGAACUACUGAUUCGUUAACCGAACGGAGAUGAACAGAGAUCAUCGUAUGCUAAUUAUUAUUUUUGCUAAUAAAUCUAAUUAUACUUUGUAAAAGUAUUUGUAAUAUUAUA